AUGGCGAAUUUGGAUGUGGAGCAGCACUCAUUCGAAAAGGAAGAGAUGAAGAAGAAGAAGAAGGACAGUAAGAAAAGAGCCAGAGACAACGCUAAGAAGCUUAAACAGUUAGCUAUGGAGGUUCAAGAGCCAAAAGCAAUAACAGACGAAGAACCAAAGAAAAAAAAGAAGAAGAAACUAAAGCAGGUAGAGAAGGAGGUUGAAGAGACCGAAGCAAUAACUGCGAUUAGUGAUGAAGAACCGAAGAAGAAGAAGAAAAAGAAAGAAGAAGAAGAAGAAGAGAAAGUGGAGGAAAGUAGUGGAAGUGGUAUAAUGACUAACCAAACAUUUGAGUCAUUAGGAUUAUCUGAUAACACUUACAAAGUUAUCAAAGAGAUAGGCUACACACGCUUGACUCAGAUUCAAGCUAAAGCAAUUCCACCGUUGAUGAUGGGAAAAGACGUACUUGGAGCUGCCAGAACCGGUUCUGGAAAAACCUUGGCGUUUCUUAUCCCAGCUGUAGAGCUUCUUUACCAUGUCCGGUUCAAACCUCGUAACGGAACUGGUGUUAUUGUGAUUUGUCCAACGAGGGAGCUUGCUAUUCAGACACAUUUAGUGGCCAAAGAGCUUCUUAAGUUUCAUUCUCAGACUGUGGGACAGGUUAUUGGUGGUGAGAGCAGAAAGAAAGAAACUGAGAUUCUUGUCAAAGGUGUUAAUUUGCUUGUAGCUACCCCUGGAAGACUUCUUGAUCACCUUGAGAAUACUGAUGGAUUUGUAUUCAAGAACUUGAAGUUUCUUGUGAUGGAUGAAGCUGAUAGGAUCCUGGAACAGAACUUUGAAGAAGACAUGAAGAAGAUCAUUAAGCUUCUCCCAAAGACAAGGCAGACGUCACUAUUUUCCGCCACACAGACAACCAAGGUUGAGGAUCUUGCUCGUGUAUCACUUACGUCACCUGUUUACAUUGAUGUGGAUGAAGGAAGAAAAGAGGUUACAAACGAAGGCUUGGAGCAAGGUUACUGCGUUGUGCCAAGUGCGAAGCGGCUACUCUUCUUACUCACAUUCUUGAAGAGGUUUCACUCGAAGAAGAAGAUCAUGGUGUUUUUCUCCACUUGGAAAUCGACAAAGUUUCACGCGGACCUCUUUCGGUACAUCAAGAUAGACUGCCUCGCCAUUUAUGGAGCGAUGGAUCAGAGCAAAAGGACUUCAACGUUUUUCCAGUUCGUAAAGCAGGAAACUGGUGUCUUGUUGUGUACUAAUGUAGGUGCUCGUGGUCUUGACUUCCCACAUGUGGAUUGGAUUGUGCAGUAUGAUCCUCCAGAUAAUUAUACGGAAUACAUUCAUAGAGUAGGUAGAACAGCUCGUGGAGAGGGUGCAAAAGGACAGGCUCUGCUUGUCCUAACUCCAGCGGAGUUGGAGUUUAUUCAGAUUCUCAAGGAUGCGAAGAUUCCAGUUCAAGAACAUGAGUUUGAGGAAGCGAAGUUGCUCAAUGUGCAGGCUUUUCUGGAAAAGAUGAUAUCUGAAAACAGUGCAUUGAGCGUGUCAGGAAAAGAAGCAUACAAGAGUUACAUAGCAGGAUAUGAUUCUCAUUCUAUGAAAGAUGUCUUUGAUGCUCGACGACUCGAUCUCAAGGACGUUGCUGCUUCGUUUGGUUUCACAUCACCUCCGAAUGUAUUGCUGAAGAUACAUCGAGGAGGAGACGGGUACAAGAGCAAGAGAGAACCGGUUAAUAAGAAGUUUAACAGAGGUCGUGGUGGUGGUAGAGCCCCAGGUAGAACUAAGUUCGAGAGGUACUAA